AUGAAUACUGAUGAAAUUGUUUCGGAUAUUAUUUCUUUAAUUCAUUCAACAACACAAUCAAAUUAUAUUAUUUGUUCGAAAGUUUCAUCGAAAAUAUUUUCUUAUUUAUCACAGAUUCAAUAUAAAGAUAAUCAAUGGAAUGACUUAAACGAAGCUAUUGAACGUUUUGAUCAAAAUAUUGAUCAUCCUGAUCUUCAACAAUUUCGACAAUUAAUUCAAACAAUUAGUUUAUGUUCAAAUGAUUGUGAAGAACGAAAUUAUACAUUAGGACGUGAUAGAAAUACACUUACGAAUUCAAUUGAUCAAUUACGAGAUUUAUUAAAAUCUCAUGUUGAUCUUCAUUGUUUUUUACUUGCGAAAUUAAUUCAACAACAAGAUAUACGAUUGUAUUUAAUUGAUCUUAUGAAUUUAACUGGAAUGAAUGUUGGAGAUGAAAUUCAUGGUAUUCUUUGUGAUAUUGUAUAUCUUUUAUGUCAAAUUGAUCCAACGUUUGCGAUAUCAAAUGUAAUCGAUCAUCCAAUUGCUUCGAAUUGUAUUCGUAUUAUUCAAACAAACAUUUAUUCAAAAGGUGGUAACAAUAUGAAAUCAACAAUGAUAUCUGCUAUAAAUCUUCUUACAAAACUUCUUUUAACCGGUGAAAUAUUUCCAGUACAGACGAAAAGUCAAUUAUCCAAUCCUACAUUUUUAAGAUGUAUAUUCGAAUUAAUUGAAAAUCAUCGUGACGAGAAUGAAUUAAUUACAAUAUUGAUCAGAUUUUUAUUAUCAUUUAAUUUACGUUUUGAUUAUCCACAUGAAAAUCCUAUUAUUUUAACAUUAGUAGAUAUUAAUGGAGAAAUAUCAUGUCAAGAAUUAAUCGAAAGAUUAAUUUUAUUAUUUAAUCGAAAUAUCGAUCCAACUGAACAUAAAACAACAAAUUCAAUAAUAAAAUUCUUCGGUGAUUUAUGUGAUGAUCAAGUUAUUACCAAUAAUAUGUUUUUAUCUGAUUCCAAUCGACGUUUAAUUAUUGAAAUAAUAAGCAGAGAAUUAUCGAAUCGUUCAUGUUCAGAUGAAAUGACUAUGGGUUAUUUAUCAUUAUUAGAAUUACUUCUUCGUAAUCAAAUAAUAAUAUCUGACACUUGUACACGUAUUGAUGAACUUCAAACAUGUUUUCGAUUUUAUCUUAAUUCAGAGAAUUGUCUAGAUGAUAAUCGUUUUAUUAUAAAUGAAAUUAUUCGACAACAUAAAUGUUUAUCAACGAAUGAAAUUUAA